AUGGCACCAGCUGUGAAAGCAGGAAUGAAGCGUCGCCAUGUCGAGGACGUAGAGCCCGCGGAGGACUUUACCAACGUGUACGGAUCGCACUAUGCUACGCAGGACAUGCCAUGCGACGAUAUACCUGAUGAUUCAAUGCCGCCAGAGGUUGCGUACCGCAUGAUCAAGGACGAGCUCAGUCUGGACAAUAACCCGAAGCUCAAGUAA